CUUUUAGAAAAAAGGGGGAAAAGAAUGGCCAAGUGUUUCAGCUUAACGGCAACGCGGGACUGGUGCUUCCGUUACAGCUUUUCCAACGCUGGUCUCCGAUCAAUAACGACGGAUCUCGGAGACGGCACCGUCAUGCACGUUUGGGCCCCCAAAACCCAUAUCCAAUCCAAGCCCACGUUAGUCCUCAUCCACGGCAUAGGGGCCAACGCAAUGUGGCAAUGGAACGACUUCAUCUCACCUCUCAUGUCCCGCUUCAACGUCUACGUCCCUGACCUCCUCUUUUUUGGCGACUCCUACACGACCCGACCUGAACGGUCGGAGCAGUUCCAGGCCCAGUGUGUCAUGGGGGUCAUGGAGGCCCAUGGGGUUACAGUUAUGAACGUUGUUGGGAUUAGUUAUGGCGGCUUCGUUGGUUAUAGUAUGGCGGCGCAGUUUAAGGAGAGAGUUGAGAAGUUGGUGCUAUGUUGCGCUGGGGUGUGUUUGGAAGAGAAAGAUAUGGAUGAAGGGAUGUUUCAAGUGAAGAGUGUGGAUGAGGCUGUUAGUUUUUUGUUGCCCCAAACGCCGGAUAAAAUGAGGCAGUUGAUGAAGAUUUCUUUUUAUAAGCCUACUAAAGGAGUUCCUUCUUGUUUUCUAAACGAUUUCAUCCAUGUGAUGUGUACAGAAAACCUUCAAGAGAGAAAAGAAUUGAUCCAAGCAUUACACAAGGACAGAAAACUGUCAGAUCUUCCAAAGAUAACCCAGCCAACAUUAAUAAUCUGGGGAGAACAUGACCAAAUAUUCCCUUUGGAAUUGGGACACAGAUUGAAAAGGCAUCUGGGAGACAAUGCAGAACUAGUGAUCAUAAAGAAUGCAGGGCAUGCCAUCAAUGUAGAGAAGCCUAAAGAGCUACAGAAGCACUUGAAAUCUUUCCUUAUUGAUCCGCUCCCUCCUGCUAAGCCAGGAAACUACGGCAAUGGCCGUAAAACAGAUUGAAAGGAAUGCAAAAGACGAUAAUCCUUGAGUUGCUGGUUUCUCACAUAAGCCUUCAUUGGGGGAUGUUGUGUUUUAUGGAUGAAGAUGGACAACUUAAGGGUAUGGGAAUUUGUGAGCUAUAUCCCACCCCUAAAAGGGUUAGCAAACUUACUUAUAGAGUCUAAUUCCACAGGUUAAUCCUUGGUUUUUAUUCUGUUAUCAGAGAUGAAUUCAUUAUUGGCUGGUGAUCGCUGCUUCCUUUAAUUGGUGUCCAGCCAUUUGCAGAAAAUGUCAUGACUUAUUAUCACCAUUUAUGUUGAAUGUCCUUGCUCGUCUUUUGCAAAACUA